GCCACCGCUGUCCGUUGCGUAACAACUCCUCCCCUUUCUCCCAAACGAAACGAAGGAAUCGAGGAGAGAGAAGCGCCGCGAGAUUCUUCUUCCCUUCGUCUCUCUCUCUCUCUCUCUCUCUCUCCGCAGAAUCUUUGAGAAAAGAGAGGGCACGAGCAUUGCCGGUGGCUUUCGCAGUAAAGCCCUCCGAAGUUUCCUCCGUCCUCCUUUAAAUCCUCAUCUCUCUCUCUCUCUCUCUCUUCGCCGUUCCUCACCUCGCGUCGCCCGGUGCAACCUAGGCGUCCCCGAUCAUGUCGCAGGCAUCUCAUCCCUCCGCUUUCUCUGCCGACGCGGCGUGGAACCCUCCCCCGGAACCCCCCGAGCGGUCCUCGCCGCCCGGGGAGACCUGCGAUGCCGCCGUCGGCUGGAGGACGGCGGAGAGCGAGGAGCACAGGAACGGCGGCAAUGCGGCAGGAGACCGCGGGUGGACGCCGGCUUGGAGCGUGCCGGCCAAUGGAGCUAGCGAGGCGGGUCCGGUGAUGGGGGCGGACUGUUGGCCCUCGCUCCCAGAGUCCGCGUCGAGGGUGUCUAUCAGAUCCUCCUCUUUGGACUCGUUGAUGGCUCUCUCGGAUGGACCAUCGGCCGCUGCUGCCCUGGGAUCUAUGAUCGCUUCUUCCCAGAUGAAGCUAAAUGCUAAGAGCACAAACCCAAUUUCUUCCCAGGAUCAUGAUGCUCUUGGUCGCCAGGGGCCUAAUUCGAGCCCUAAUUUAAUGAAGAGACGUGGUGGCACUGGCAGCAGUUCAGCAGCUAAUCAUGGUCCUGGAGCAUCUCAAGAACCUCAUUUUAUUUCAGAGAUGCCUCCAGUCAGUGUAGACACAUCUCAGGGAUCUUCUCCGCAGGGUAUUGCCGACCACGGUAAUAGCAAUUUGGGUCGGCAUAGGAGAGAUGAGUUCUUGCCGCAGCUGCAAAGCGGCAGCAAUAACCAGAGAAGCGGUUAUGGUGGCAACAAAAGGGGAAAUGCCCACCAUAGGCGCCACGGUAGCCGGCGUGAUCAGGAGCAGGGUGGCUAUGACUGGAGUGGUCCUCGAGGUUUUAGUGGUAGAGAUUCACACAUAUUGAUGCCACUGCCUCAACAGCGGGGACAGUCACAACCAUUCAUUCGAGCACCUCCACCGCCCACCACGGCACCUUUUGUUGGCAUGCCACCAUAUUUUCGGCCUUUCGUGAGCCCCUUGGGCUACCCUGAAUUUCAUUCUGCUCUUUAUUAUCUGCCGCCACCUCCACCUACUGACACACUUAGAAGCAUGCCUUUCAUUGCCCAUCAACUGCCCCAUAUGAAUCCCCCAGCAAUGUUUCUUCCUCCAGCAGAUCAUCAGCGCUUCAUGUUGGUCAAACAGAUAGAAUACUAUUUCAGUCCUGAUAAUCUUUGCAAGGACCUUUUCCUGCGAAGGAAUAUGGAUGAUCAAGGUUGGGUUCCUAUCUCCUUAAUUGCUAGCUUUAAUCGGGUCAAACAGUUGACAAGGGACAUGCCACAUAUAUUGGAUGCAGUACGAGGUUCAACAGUGGUAGAAGUGCAGGGUGAGAAAAUAAGGAAACGUGGUGAUUGGAUGAAAUGGAUGAUGCCACCAACCCCAAAUCAGUAUGAUCUUGCUUCUGGUUCCCAAUCUCCACUAACACCAGGCUAUGAUUCAGUCAUUGCUCACAUGCAUACUUUUGGACUAGACGAGGGUUCUUCCCAUCAUAGUAUGAGUUAGACUUGUGGGAACCCCCCAAUAGUACUUGUCAGAUUCAUAAUGAGGUACUUUGAAGUAGAUCAGCAUCUGGAAGUUUCAACAACUAGAUGCAGGAUUCUCUUACUGAAGAUGGAGACCGGUCAGUCGUCCCAAUCAGUCAGAACUAUGGAAAGAUUAGCCAGGAGAGACUCGUUGAAAUUCGAAUGCAUGAGUCAGAACCGGAGAAUGUGAAAAGGAUUGAUUGUUGAGAGCCAUUAGUUGAGGUCUUCGCCUUGGCUGCAAAUGGGCAUCAACCAAGAAAGAAGGGGGAAAAAAAUGACAGAAACGAAGAAAGAAUUUGAGAGAUUUAACUUCCAGUCAAUUAUCUCUAGGUUGAACUGCUACUACCAUAUAGUGGAAAGGAGGUUUCGGAUUGGCGGUACUCAUUGGCAUGGCUCCUUUGGAUGGGCUUUCUGAAUCCCCAGUCUUUUGCUGUCACAUACCACCGUUGUUGGGGGGUAAGAAAUGGAUUUAAUCAGCGGCGCAUAGCGGUUCUCAUCUCCCCAGAGCUGAAUCUGCGGGCAUGGUUAUAGUUUCCAAUACUGUCAAUGUUACAUUACAUAUACCUAUUAUUCUUUAAUUGCAGCUGCAAAUAAUCGCCUCAAAUUAUUUGAUGGAUUGAAUAGAUAGAUUAUCCACAACACAGGCUGAGAUCUGUCGUAUAUCUUAUGCAUAUUACCGUUUGUGUAAUCAUCCAUGGAGUUGCAGAAUAUUUGUCUUCAAAGAUGAUUUGCUGGAAACGUGUGGAUUUGUUUUCGCUGAUGGAAGAGACCUGAGCAAGCCUAGCAGACAAACCGGCAUGGAAGAUCACACUCAUGAGACAGGUAACCACUCUUUCAGGGGCAAGUUUAGACCAUUUGAAUGCAACUUUAAAUAGAAUGUGCGGGUAAAUUGAGUCCAAA